CAGGGUGUCCCAUAUCAAAUCGGACUAAUUAACGGGCUCGUUUUUUGGACGACGAUAUUAAUUUAUCCAUCGUCAUUAUAGAUAAAACUCUGAAACUUGUAGCUUAGAACUCUAGCAGACAAUAAUUAACACGUCACAUUUAUUUAACAUAAACAUGGGGACCCUCAAGCAGGACACUUUCAUCCGUGGCCUUCAUGUUUAUAAAAAGAAAUUGUCUCCUGGGGACACACUAACUGUUGCACUAGAUUGGUUUUGGAUAAAUGAAAAUCCUAAGAGAUACAGUGUUGCUGUUUUUGAUUCAAAGCGAAGAAAGGUUGGACACAUUGCUAAUGAAAUGGAGGUAAGCUUGAGACCGUUAAUGGAGAUUGGGAAAAAGGAAGUCUCUAUCCAGAUUCCAGCUGGGGCUAGGCAGCACAACGCGGGGGAUUUGGGACUCCAAAUCGCCUGCAAGCUGACCGUAGCCUUUGACAGGAAACAGGACUUCAAGUGGCUCCGAGACUACCGGGAGGAAGUCCGGAAGCAAGGCGGCGUGAAGUCUGAUCACUCAAGAUUUGUCUACCAAAGUUUUCCCAAUCAUUAUAAACUGUCCUAAACUGAAAUAAAAGAUAUUGCUAAUUCA